AUGGCCGGAAUCCGGCCGCCGACGCCGGAGCUCCGAUGCCGGCGGCCGGAUUCCGGCGAAGCAGUGGUGGUAAAUGUCCAGUUUUAUUCUAUAAAUACACGGGAGCCGCGUUGCCAAGUAGAGGAAGAGUGGUUGUUGCAGAGAUUAAAGAAAUCAAGAAGUGUGAUUAUUUGUGGAGCAAAGGCCAUGGACCAGAGGUUGGGGAAAGCUGCAAUAGAUGGAGAUGUUCACACACUGCACGACCUAUUGGAGGAGGAUCCUCAAAUACUGGAGAAAGCGUGUUCAGUUCAUUUUGCAGAUUCACCUCUUCAUGUUGCGGCGAGAUCAGGGAAAGCAGAUUUUGUAAACCACAUCGUAACUCGAAUGCCUUCAUUAGCCACUGAGACAAACCAGCAAGGUAUGAUCCCAUUGCACGUGGCUUCUUUACAAGGUCAUGUCGAGACAGUGAGGGAGCUGUUGAAGGCAAAUCUUGAUGAAGAUGAUGGAGUGAAUCAGUGCCUUGUGAUGGACAGGGAAGGCUGGACUCCGCUGCACUGUGCAUCACAGAAAGGCAAAAUCAUGGUGAUGGAAGAGUUAAUCAGUAAAUGUCCCCAGUGCCUCGAACAAGUGACAGCAAAAGGAGAGACUGUUCUUCAUUUGGCAGUGAACGCCAAUCAAUUUGGAGCAGUGAACGUGCUGGUGGAGAGGAUCAAAAGGCUUCCAAAUUUUCAGACACUGUUGAAAGCGCAGGACCAAAAAGGCCAGAGUGCCUAUCAACUGGCGGCAGCAAAGAGACAGUACCAGGUACUAGAGGUAUUGAAGGAAGAUGAGGAGGAGGGUGGUGAAAUAAGUGAGGAGCGUCAAAUAAACGUGGAGGGGGAGGGGAGUGAUAACGAAGCAUCUGAAAAAGAGAAAAGUAAUAAGGAAGGGCAGUCGCAGGAGGAUGCAAUACGAGUGGCGGCCGCUUUAUUUAUAACAUUGACGUACCAAGCUUUGGCAAAUCUUCCAUCACUCUUCGUCACAGAUGGCAGAGUUACAGCAGCCGGUUAUCGAUUCUUGUUUGUGAACACCGUGACCUUCCUCCUGUCAAUCCGCGUCCUGGUUCCCACUUUGAUGCUGGGCCCAAGAAUGGCCCCUUUGACAGUGAUCGCGUGGUGGCUCUGCGGAUGUUACGCCACAUUGCUCAUUGCUUUAGACCAUGGUCUGCCCAUAAUAACUUUCUUUGCUGCUGUGCUGAUAGUGGAGGUUUUCCACUCAUGGCCACAAAUCAAAGAACGAAGCUCACACCUGGCAUAUAUGUUGGCAAGAAAAAUGGCGUCAAAAUGA